UUUUCCCCCUUCAGACACACCAUCAUCCUCCAAUUUGAGGGACCUAUUUCCUCGCCUUCCUGCCGAAGCUUUGUGAGGUCGGAACCUUUGUGCAGCCGGAACGAAAGUGUCGUACGUUGCUAGCAGCCGGAAGGCCAUAUAAAGGAGCGAUACCAACUCAUUUCUGGCUGUCGGUGUCUGGGGUUCCGGUGAGAGGGUCGGCGAGAGAGGUCUUCGGCUUCUGUUCCUGAUAUGCACCGACCGAAUUUUCGACCCCCAACUCCUCCUUACCCCGGCCCGGGGAUAGGAGGCUGGGGUGGCGGAAGCAGCUUCCGGGGUGCCCUGGGCGGGGGGCCGCGGCCGCCCUCCCCGCGGGACGGGUACGGGAGUCCGCACCACACUCCGCCGUGCGGGCCCCGGGCUAGGCCGUACGGGAGCAGCCAGUCUCCGCGGCACGGCGGCAGCUUCUCGGGGGCCCGCUUCGGGUCUCCGUCCCCGGGCGGCUGCCCAGGCUCCUACUCCAGGUCCCCCGCGGGGUCCCAGCAUCAGUUCGGCUACUCCCCAGGGCAGCAGCAGACCUACCCCCAGGGUUCUCCAAGGACAUCUACACCAUUUGGAUCAGGGCGUGGUAGAGAAAAAAGAAUGUCUAAUGAGGUGGAAAGUUAUUUUAAGCCUUCAAUGCUUGAAGACCCUUGGGCUGGCCUAGAACCAGUAUCUGUAGUGGAUAUAAGCCAACAGUACAGCAAUACGCAAACAUUCACAGGCAAAAAAGGAAGAUACUUUUCUUAAGUUUUCUGAAAUUCAACUGGAAGCUUCAUGUGUCAGGAACAUCUUGAACAGAACUUGUACUUGUGUAAUGAGUUGAACCCAAAGAUGAUGACUUUGGAAAGUGAUUAGCAGACCCUUGGGAUAUCUCUAACUUUGUCAAGUGUUGUUGAUGUUAGAGAAGAUGAUAGGAUCAAGUGCAGUAUUUAGGUAUCUGGGAGUGUACAACAUUCAGAAGACGACAGUUUCAAUUUUA